AUGCCGUUCAGAAUCAAGGUUCCACCGGCCAAGCAACCGCCACCCACAAAGUUUGUUGAACAGAUGGAGUUCGAACAGCCUGCGAAGCGCAAGCGCAGGCCCCCCAAGCGCUACGACGACUACGAAGAGAUGGCCGCUCCAGAGCCGGAGCGCAAGGUCGCCCGGAGACGACAGAAUACAGUCGUCGUCGAACCGCCAGUUGAGCCUGAACCCGAACCUGAGCCGUUUGGCGCUGAGAUCGAUGUGGUAGGGGAUGGUGUCGAGCAGGAGGAGCGAGAGGUUCCCGAAGACGAGUAUGACCACCGAUCUGAACUUUCGGCGCCGCGGAGCGUUGCCUCGGUGUCUGCCAGCGCGAGUCAACCGAGAGUCAAGGCAAAGAGGAAAGACGGUCCCCCAGUGAAAAAAAAGGCUCGAAGAGUAGUUGUUUCGGAUUCGGAGCAGGAGGACGAGUACGUGGACAACGAGUUGGAAGUCGUGCCCGAACCGCAGGACGACGAUGAUGACUAUUUCUCGCUGGAUGACGAGCGGCCGGCAAAGGGUAAGGGGAAGGCCAAUGCAGCUGCAGCUCGGAAGGGCGUGAAGCGGAAACCGAAGGCCGACCCAGUAGAAAUCGCUCGACCACCUCCAGAAAAGAAGAAGACUUUAGAGUCGGCUGCCCCGGCAAAGAGGCGCCCUAGACCAUCUCUCAAAAUUGACGACACGCUCAUCGACGUCGUCGGAGACGAAGUAGCUACGCCCGAAAUCUCCAGCCCUGCGGCGAAAGAUUCCCCAGUUCCUACCACUGUUCCGAAGAAACUGAAGCUACCGACGAUCAAGAAGAAUAAGCUUCCUGGAUCGACGGGUGUCAACACCCCGAAUUCUGCAACGGUGGCUAAACCCACCAAGCCGCCAUUGGAGCUUGGAGGAAACAAGUUGACUAUUGGUGAAGUUCGCAAGACUCGAAUCGCGAACACUGACCUCGAUCUGUCGAACAAAUCCAUCUACGAGGAGCUAUUCAAAACGGACGGCGGAGCAUCUCGAGCGGGCUCCAAUAGGCGGACGAAGGAAGACGAACGGCGGAAGGAAUUGAACAAGUUGAGGGGUGAAUACAUCGCGAAGAAGGCGCAAGAAAGUGUGCUUUGCUUUGACCUCCAGGCUCAGCACGAGAAGAUCGCACGGUUUGAAGACAGAUUGAGAGCGGAUCGCAGUGCAGCACUCUACCCCAACUUCUUGGCGGCGAAGUGGAGAGAAACUUAUGAGAAAGAGAAAAGGCGUCAGAAGGAAGCUGAAUGGAGUGAGGCUGUUUAUGCCAACGGUACUGUGGAAGAAGGCGAAGUGAAGUAG